AUGGCUCUUCGGCCCCUACGUCCGCGAGCCUGGCGCAUCCUCGUCGCAUUUGCAAUUAUUUCUUUUCUGUACCUCUCUUUCGAACUCGCAGACAGGAUAAGGAAGGAGCACGCAGAAAUAACCAUUCUUCGGGCCAGUCAACUUGCAUCAGGGCAAGAACACAUUCGGUCGCCAAGAGUACAACAAUACUGGCAUGCUCUUCGGAACCACCUGCGCGAUGUGACUCCCACGGUAGAUGCAGUGAGGUUGAUCAGGGGCUCCAGCGAUGCGGACCAAGCGUUCGACUUUGACAAGAACCCCAAACAUCAUCGGCUCGACGUUGCCAGACUUCCAGAAGAGGCAGUGAAUUACCUACGAGGCAGUCACAAGUCCUUCCUCGACAUUACCAGCACGAUGGCUCCCGGUCUGCCGUAUCAACCAGGAACCCGGGGCAUAGUUACAACGGCGGGCGGAAAGUAUUUCAAAAUGGUCAUCCUUUCGUUGCGUAUGCUGCGACGAGCAGGCUCCAGACUGCCAGUGGUGGCCUUUCUUGAUACCCCCAAAGACUAUGACGAGCAUGUCUGCGACGAACUUUUCCCAUCCAUGGGCGCCGAAUGCGUCGUGCUGUCCGAGCUUCUUGACGUGGCGCCACCUUCCAUCAAGCAAGAGAAAUGCCAGCUCAAGGUCUUUGCCCUCCUUUUCUCCCCCUUCCAGGAGAUCCUCUUCCUGGACGCAGACGCUUUUCCAGCGCACAACCCAGACCUGCUCUUCAUGGCGGAGCCUUACACGUCUACAGGCAUGGUGGUAUGGCCCGACUUUUGGGCCAACACAGCCAGUCAUAUGGCCUAUGAUAUCGCAGAUAUACCGGUACCUCAACUAGCUGAAAGACGGAGCUCAGAGUCCGGCAUUAUGCUCUACGAUAAGUCGCGGCAUGCGCGCGAUCUGCUCCUCGCACUGUAUUACAACUUUCUCGGACCACGUUUCUACUAUCCGAUGCUGAGUCAAGGAGCCGCUGGCGAAGGCGACAAGGAGACAUUUCUUCAUGCCGCGCUUGUUCUUGAGACCCCUUUUUAUGAUGUCAAGAGCCGUGUGACAGUCAUGGGACGGAGGUUGAAUGAGACUUGGCACUCGGCUGGCAUGAAGCAAGCGGACCCAAGGGAAGACUGGCAGCUGUUUAAUGCGCCCGGCGCAAAAUUUAGCAAAGGCUUCCAGUUGGGCCCAAUCGAGCUUAAGAAGUUCAAGCGCAAGGAUAGCUCCAACAACACGAUGACCAGGCAAGCUGAAGAGGUGAUCGCAAAGCCAUUCUUCAUCCACAAUAACAUUGUCAAACUCGAUGUUGAGCAGCUGUUGCAGGACGGGAGUCCCCUAUUUGAGAAAAAUGCCACGGGAAGCGCGCAACGCCUCUGGGGCUCCGCUGAAAGUCAAAUUCGAGACUUUGGCUACGACGUUGAGAAGGUCAUGUGGGAAGAACUUGUCUUGACCGGAUGCCAUUUGCUGGCAAAAACUUAUUGCGGAAAGGCUUUGCAAUUGGCAGAGGGUGUUUUGGGGGAUACUUUGGUCGGAUUAUACCCUGAUUUGAGGCGUUAA